GAACAAUGGCAACUUUCAACUCCCUUAUUAGUUGGAUGUGAGAAUUUGCUCGGCAAGUGUUGGUCUAGUGGGUGUUCCGUACACAACUGAAGAAGAACGAUGUUGCGUUCGGGAAUAUCUGUAUUGCUCCUUGUUGCAGUGACUUACGCUGCACCAAGGUCGUUUCCUGUGCACCAGGUCGAGAGACAGGACCCUUAUCCCGGGGGAGUGGGUUUCUGGCCCAGUGACAACGAAGCCUUCAGAUACGGAGAGCCUGAAGAAGGCGCCGAAGACCAGUACCCCGAUGUCGUUUAUGACUCCAAGCCUUUCGAAGGGGCCGUCGAUGUCGACUUCAGCCUCAACCCGGAUAACGCCGCGGUUCUUGCCAAUGGCACAGUGACCAACGUCAUCUUUAGGGACCUCGAGCAUCGCAUUGCUGAGGACGUGCAGCGCAUGCAGCAGGACAUGCUCCUCUUCCGAAGACUCUUCGGACAGCCUCCUGUGGCUCCUCGAGUGCCCCCAUCCCUGUUCCUGCCCUGGGGAAUCCAUUGGACGACUUCCGACGAGACCCAGGACAGUGGGCCCGUCGGCUUUGACGUCAACCUCUUCGGCCACGAUGAUUCCGAUGAUGGUGACCACGACGGUGAUAAUGAUGAUGAUGAUGAUUUCGGCAUCUUCGGUGGCUUCCCCAUCUUGGGAAUCGAUCGUCCUCUGUUCCCUGGUCUUCCGGAAUUACCAGGCGUUGGCUUCAUCAACCCAUCAGACUUACCCGGCAACUACAGCAACGAAACCUCUGUCGUCCACAGCAUCGACGGCGGCCAAGUCCAGGUGAACAACACCAUCAACAAGGAGUCUGGAAACGACUUUAAUGCUUUCUUCCACCACCAGGUCAUCCACUUCAGACCCGACGAGGAAGAGGGGAAAGUCCCUGAGGAGGGAGCAUCAACUUCAGCCCCCGGAGUCCCUGCAUCAGAAGCGCCUGAGGUCCCUGAAGUCCCCGUGACCGAAGCCCCUGAAGCCCCUGUCACUGAGGACAGCAACAACAAGGACGAAGUCACAACCUCUGUCCCUAAGGUUGAGGACAAGAACGUCCCAGUCAGCGCCAAACCGCCCCCAGCCAUUCCCGAAGUGAGCCCUGAAGGUUCCUCUGACACCCGAGCGGAGUCCUUUGACGUUGCCAAGGACAACUCCCUGACAGAAGAGGAGGAUUUUGAAAUCGCCAACAAUCUGCUGGCCUUGGACGGGAGCCGGAAGGCGGAAAGAUCCCUCCGUUUGUUCGAUCCUUUGGUCUUCCCGAACGACAGCCCCCGUGAGAAUCGUUUCCCCGAAAGCGCCCAUUACCACGCCCACAAAGAUCAAGAAGGGCACGACGCCGAGGUCAUCACCGAUGGCUCCGUGGGCAAAAGACCUGCUGACCUCAGCAAGGACACUCGCGUCAACUACAUUAGCCACAGCAGCGGCGGCGGAAUGGCCAAGCCAGACCCCGACGCCGAGAUUUUCAAUUACGGCCUGGUCAUGGAUGAGGAAAGGGCCGCACGCCGCCAUGAAUAGGCUCACGAUGGUUUGUUGUUGUGCUUUGCGGACAUUGGAGAUUCAGUCUUAGUUUUUAAAUUGUUCAGAUGAAACUCUCAACUACCUGUGCCCUGUUUGGUCCCUUUUGGUUUUCAGGUGUAUUCUGGGUGGUUCGAACAAUGCCAGAACGAAGAAUGUCCGAUACCUCAACUGGAUUCAGUUGUAGUUGAAAUUAACACUUGCAAAUGUAAAGUAAACUGUGACAGAUUGCUUAAUUCUGGCGUAGCUGCGACGCACCAAAGUUAUAUACCAUGACUGCAAAGAAGGUCUGGGCAAAUUUUAAUCACGACCGCGAUUUUGGCUAUCAGUUGUUUUUUUUUUUUUUAGUGAGGGAAGACUUCGUCAUUCUUCUGUUGAUAAGUUCCCGUUGUUGUACCUGGUUAGAGUAGGUAUAAUUGCCUCUUGAUUGUGAAGAAACACCUCUGUGCCAUAUAAGUAUAAUCCACUUAAUGCUCUCUAGUGACACUAGUUGUAAUCAUAUUUUCGCUCAUAACUCUGCUGAAGACAGUACUUGCUUAGAAUGAUUUAGAUGUAGAUUAGUAUACUUAUAUAUCUGUUGAUAUGUAUGGGGGCACUAAAUUUUGUGGCAGGGAUACCGUUGACCAUUAUUGUGAUAAUUGAAUAUUCUGUAACUGAUUAAUCUGAGGAAAUUGAAUAAGGAGUUAGUUAGUUCUUGAAACAAUUGUGCUGUGCAAUAGAUUUUUCUAAGUAUGAUAAAAUCUGAAUCAGAUGGACAUUGUAUAAGAGGAAUUUAAUAAAAAAAAAGUUGCGAAGAAGUGAAUUACUGACACAUCUGACACAUAUACGGAGCUCGUCGAGUCACUGAAGAAGAGGGAAGAGUUAUGUGUAGGAAGAUCUCUCCCACAUUGUUGAUGAACCUGCCUUGGUGAAUCAGUUUCCUGGUUGGCGCUGCCAUUUUGCGUCGUCUUCAAAGCUUGCUCUUGCUUAUCAAGGUUCAGAAAAUUGAAAUCUUUGUCUCUCAUUCCUCAGGUAGAAGACCCUUAUCCAGUGUCCGGUGUUGAUAACUAUUGUUGCUGUGCCUUCAUUCUACGGAAAGCAACCAAUCAAUCAUUCAGUGCUUCUUGUACUCACGUAUUUACUGCACUGUAUGCUACCUAUUCGCGAACACCAUCUCUUUCCCAAUAUUUUCUGCCUGAUAAGUCAAACAAUCACAGGACAUCAGCAUCUUAUAUCUGGAUUUUUCUUCUCGAAAUUUGCAGAUGAAUUCUUUCCUUCUUCUUUUCCAUUGACUACCCCGUUUCUUGUUUAUGCUUAUAUCUGUAAAUUAGCUUCUAAACGAAUUCUAUUUUCGUCUCCAAACCACCCUCUGUUGUUAAUAUUCAGUCUUGAAUCCUUAUUUCUUUGCUUGUCAACCCUGUUCUUGAAAAUACUUCUCAAGGGGGGCCUGUAAAUUAUGGCUUCAACUUCCUUCUACUCAAAUCUCUUCAGUUCUGUUUGACCAUCUAUGAUAAUUUUAGUUGUUAAGAUUGUGUCAGACAAGAAGGACCAUAUAAUACAGAAUGACGAUUAAACUUGUAAACAGAGAUCGUAUUGUAACUUGUUCCUCUUAGUCGAUGGAUAAAAGCCUCUUAGGAAUUUCCUUUCUUACUGUGUCAAAGACAUAGACUACAGAUUAGCCUUCUUUUGCUAAAACUUGCAGAUUGGUCUCUUGUAGCUAUUGACUUGUAAAUUGGUCUCAUAUAUCUAAGGUAUUUCCGUUUGAUAUUCUGUAUGUACUUAAAGACUUCUGGACAAGUCUCUUUCAACUCAUAACUUGGUGACUGAUCUUUCAGCCUGAGGCUAAACGAUUGGUUUCCUGUGGCUGUUGGCUUCUUUGCCAGACCCUGUUAGUCCCCUCAGCCUAAGGGUUAUGCCUAGACCUAUAGGUUGUUUGUGUACCUGCUUGCCCUUUAAUUUUUAAUUUGCAGAUGGGAGAUUUCGCCCCUCACUAUCCUAUAAAUAAAUUGAGUAGGUUUUUGAGAAAAUUGGUUUUGAAAUAAAAACCUGUAAUUUGGCAUCAACAGGAGGUUUCCUUUUCAAGGUUCCAUAUGAAGACUUUUUACUAGACCAGGCAUUAGUAAGAACAGCGAGAUAUAUCGUCAUAUAUUGUGCUGAUAUGUAAGAACACACUUGAACUUGGAGAACUAAUGCUGUAAUAAAAAGUAUAUGAACUAAAAGCCUAGUCUGACCACAGAAAUAUUCUGCAUGCAACCCCUGUAUGGGGGUAGUGCCUCAUGUGGUACAAUGUAGGCCUUACUAGAGGUUAUUUCCAUCGUCCCUUGGGCUCUAAUCUGCGGCCACUUUUCAGUCUUUUGCAUUAUAUUCGUUCCCACUUCCUUUUCUGUUUUGCUGUCCAACUUCUCCAGCUUCUCGCUGUCUGAAGUGCUGGAUGGCUGACAAUGCCAUUGCGCCUUUCUUUUAUGGCAAAAUGUUCAUAAAUCAAAUCAAUUUCACGUGCAACAGACAAUUCCAAAUAUCCCUCAACAACACUACCAGAGUGGUUUGGCUGUUUUCAUAAAAACAUUCGUCGAAUAAGUAUCUAAGGCAACAAUUCUCUGUAGGUUCUAAAGCUUGUUUGAUGUCUCCUGGAAAAACCUGACAGACAACUAAAUUAGAUAUAAUUUUUUCCCAGUAAAAUUAAGAUGGCAACACGAAAUCACAAGCUGAAAUUAACAAUAAUCAAAGUUUUUAUUAGACCGAGAAUAUGGUAAUUAACGGAAGACGCUACAAAUUGUGCAUCUCACGUUUAUUCAUGUUAAGAAAUAAAAAAAAAAAAGUAGAUCGACAGAAUGUUUAAAACUCUUGAAACAAACCUUUUUGAUAUAAUGAUAUUUAGUGGAGAAAAUUGCCCUGAAUGUAAAACAAACAUGACGAAGAAGAAGAUAGCUAAUACCAAAUAUUUAAUGUAACAGGAAUAACAACCUUUUAGCGGAAGCUACAGCUUAGUUUAUGGCGGUUCCUUCCUUAGCCACUCUUUCCACGAGAUCUUUAUAUUCAGCAAAUCUCGUCAUGUUUUUGAAGAGCCAAGGCCCGUACUCGACAACCUCCUCGGGAUCGUAGCCGAGCUUCGGAGUUCCUCCAGGCAAGGCUACGUUGAUGUUACCCCCAAAUCGAGGCUCCAGGAAGAAAGGAACCGAUAAUCUGUCAAAAGUAAAAAAAAAUGAUUCUAGUUAGGAGCUAAAAACAAUAUCGCAUUUCCUCCUUUGUGAAAGUUGGCAAUGAUCUAGUUUUAGCAUUAAAUAGAAAAAAAAUUCUGAAGCUUUUUAUUGUGUACAGAUGAUUCCAGCGGAGAGUUGAUCCUUAGACUUAGACUGGCUACUUUCAGAAAAGCCCACAAACUUUUCUUAAUUUUACUCUGUUAGCUUUUGCAGAACUACGAAACUUCAUUCAUUUUGUAUUUUCAGUUGAUUGAACGAUACUUGUGUCAAAUUUAGUUGUCCUAUUAAUUAAAUUUUUCCUCAGACUCUG